AUGAAACUAAAACUGAUGUCCUUUGGCCCUUUCACUUCACUUGCGUUCAGCAAUGCUACUUUGGUACAAAAAAGACGAUGCACUGCUUUCGUCACACAGACCUUAAGAAGAAUUGAUGAAGCUCCUCCAUUGAUGAACCUACGCUAUUUAACAUAUUCCCCCCACCAUCAUCAACCCACACCAUCCCAACUCAUUUACCUCUGCCGAGAGGGAUCUGUCACCCAUGCCAUCACUCUCCACAACCUCAUAACAAACUCGACCCAAGAUGACAUCAUCAUCUCCAAGCCUGUCGCGUACGCCAUGGGCGUCCACGCGUGCACCAAGUCCUUCCGCUAUUCCGUCGGCAUCCAAUUCCACUGCCACGUCAUCAAGUCCGGCCUCUCCACCGACCGCUUCAUGGGGAACAGCCUCCUGGCCCUCUACCUCAAGCUGGGCCCAAAACACAAUCUCAAAGAGGCCCAAACUCUUUUCGAUGGGCUGGCCCACAAAGACGUCGUCUCGUGGAGCUCCAUGGUUUCGGGCUACAUCCGCGCGGGCCAACCCUAUGACGCCAUCCGUCUGUACCUCGACAUGUUGGGCUCCGGCGUGGGGCCCAACGCCUUCACCCUCUCCGCCGUGGUCAAGGCGUGCUCGGAAAUCGGGUGUCUCGAGCUCGGGAGAGCCCUGCAUGGAGCUGUGGUCAGGUGUGGGCUGGUGCGUAAUGAGGUUGUCGUGGCAGCGCUGAUCGACAUGUACGGGAGGAGCCGAGUCUCGGCUGGGUGCCUUCGGCUGUUUGACGAGAUUGCCGAUCCGGAUGCCGUUUGUUGUACCUCGAUUAUCUCGGCACUCACAAAGUGCGACUUGUACAAUGAGGCGCUCGGGAUGUUUUAUCGAAUGAUGAGGAAAUAUGGGUUUGGCCCGGAUUGUUUCACGUUCGGGAGUGCCUUGACGGCCUUGGGGAAUCUCGGGAGGUCGAGGCAGGGGAAAGAGGUGCACGCUUGUGUUGUUACGGGUGGCUUCCAGGGAAAUGUGUUUGUCGGGAGCAGUUUGGUCGACAUGUACGCCAAGUGUGGGAUGGUGGAGGAGUCAAGGCUCGUUUUUGACAGGAUGGAGAGGAAAAACUCGGUUUCGUGGUGUGCCUUGCUUGGGGGCUACUGCAGGGAGGGAAAAUUCGAGGCGGUUGUUGAUUUAUUCAGACGGGAUGUGGAGAAGGAUAGGUACAGCUUUGGAACCGUCUUGCGCGCGUGUGCUGGCCUAUCUGCAGAUAAGCCCGGGACAGAGGUGCACUGUCAGUACUUAAGAAGGAGUGGGUGGCGGGACGUGGUAGUUGAGUCGGCACUAGUUGAUUUGUAUGCCAAAUGCGGGCGUGUUAAUUUUGCCCAAAGGGUUUUCGAGAGAAUGGCGGUGAAAAAUCUGAUUACUUGGAACUCAAUGAUUGGUGGGCUCGCCCAGAAUGGGAUGGGCAAGGAAGCUGUUGUGAUGUUCGACAGAAUGGUUCUUGAAGGGGUCAAACCGGACUACAUAAGUUUUGUGGAGGUUUUAUCUGCCUGCAGCCAUAGUGGACUUGUGAGGCAAGGGAGGGAGUAUUUUGUGUCGAUGUAUGAGGAUUAUGGGGUGAAAGCUGGGAUCGAGCAUUAUAGUUGCAUGGUGGAUAUUUUGGGUAGGGCGGGUGAGAUAGUAGAGGCCGAGGGUUUGAUUAUGAAGGGAGAGUUUGAAAGUGAGCCUUCUUUGUGGGCUAACCUUCUUGGUGCAUGUUGUGGGGCUGCUACAGAUCCUGCUGUGGCAGAACGUGUUGCGAAGAAGAUGGUGAGAUUGAGACCCGAUUACCACUUGAGCUACGUGCUCUUGGCCAAUGUGUAUAGGGCGGCUGGGCGGUGGAAGGAUUCGGAAAAGACGUGGAGCCUUAUGCAUAAGAGAGAGAUCAGAAAGUUGCCUGGGAAGAGCUGGGUGGAUAGAAGCAGCUCUGCCUGCUUGAGUCCCUCAAUUUUUGCUGAACAGAAACCACACAUGGACACAGCUUAUUGUUUAUCAGUUAUAACAUACUUUGCUUUGAAUAUAGCAAUGGAUAUCAAUAUUCAAUGUUAUUUUGGCUGGUACCUUGGUGAAUAUUGUCAUCGCCCGCCGUCUCCUACUGGUGAAAAGGGACCAGGUGUAGGAAAGUACCAAGCCACCCGCAUCACCCAUGGUCGGGCUGAGGCCAUCGAGUCGCCCGGCAACGUCUCCUCACUCGUGGUUCCGGCCAUGAGUCGCCUGCUCGCCUCCCUGAGAGUCGCUGGUCUCCACACGCGCAUCAAGGUCUCCACCACCCACUUUCUCGGCAACCUCUCACGAUCUUUCUUCCCCUCUGCCGGAGCCUUUGACAGCCGCUACGCUUUCUUCCUCCGGCCCCUACUCGAGCUUCUGGUGGAGAAUUGGUCAAUUUGGCAAAAAAAUAAGGAAUUGCAUUCGACAAAGAAAUUCCACAAAAAAAUUUGGGGAAAACGAAGAUUAUGA